AUGGCUGUCGCACCGCGUCUCCGCUGCCUCCUGUGGCUCGCCUGCCUUCUGUCCCUAGCCCUGGUUCCGAUGGCCGCAGGCCUGUAUGAACUCCGCCUCACCACCGAUGGUCCUGCCACCACGGGGGCAGAAGUGACCAUCUCAGCCAGCUUUGUGACCAGGGACAAUGGCAGCCUGGCCCUGCCCACUGAUGCCCACCUCUACCGCUUCCACUGGAUCCACACUCCGCUGGUGCUCACCGGCAGGACGGAGAAGACUCUCAGCUCCACCAUCCGUGUGGUCAGCAAUGUGCCCGGGGACUUGCCAGUCUCCGUCUGGGUCACUGCAGCCAAUUGCUGGACGUGCCAGCCUGUGGCGAGGGGCUUCACCGUCAUCCCAGUCACAGAGUUCCUGGUGGGGAACCUCGUCAUCGCCCAGAACAGCUCCUUGCCCUGGCCCAGCUCCUACCUCACCAAGACGCCCCUUAAAAUCUCCUUCCUCCUCCACGACCCGAGCAACUUCUUCAAGUCUGCCUCGUUACUCUACAACUGGGACUUCGGAGACGGGACCCAGAUGGUGACUGAAGACCCCGUGAUCUAUUACAACUAUUCGAUUAUUGGGACCUUCACCAUGAAGCUCAAGGUGGUGGCUGAGUGGGAGCUGGUGAAGCCCGAUGCCGAGAAGAGCGUCAUGCAGAAGACGGGCGACUUCUCUGCCUUGCUGAAGCUGCAGGAAACCCUUCGAGGCAUCCAGAUCGUGGCACCCACACUAAUUCAAGCCUUCCAAAAGGCGACAGUGACCUUGAACUUCCUUGGGAGCCCCCCACUGACCAUGUGCUGGCGCCUCAAGCCGGACUGCCACCCGCCGAAGGAAGGGGAUUGCCACUCAGUGUCAGUGGCCAGUACAACCUACAACUUGACGCACACCUUCAGGAGCCCUGGGGAUUACUGCUUCAGCAUUCGAGCUGAGAAUGUCAUCAGCAAGACUCAUCAGUACCACAGGAUCCAGGUGUGGCCUGCCAGCAUCCAGCCCGCUGUCUUUGCUUUCCCAUGCGCCACGAUCAUCACCGUGAUGCUGGCCAUCGUCAUGUAUAUGACCCUGCGGAAUGCCACUCAGCCGAAGGACAUGGUGGAGGUGGCUGAUUUUGACUUUUCCCCCAUGUCUGACAAGAACCCGGAGCCACCCUCUGGGGCAAGGUGCUGCUGCCAGGUGUGCUGUGGGCCCUUCUUGCUGGAGACCCCAGCUGAGUACCUGGAAAUCGUCCGCGAGAACCAUGGACUCCUCCCACCCCUCUACAAGUCUGUCAAAACUUACACUGUGUGAGCGCCCUUCCUCUAUCCUGUCUCAGUGUUAACUGAUUGCCAGCUUGGAGCUUCCAGAAAGGUGGUGUGCGCUGCUGAACAGGAAGAGUUCAUGUGUACAGGGUGUUUGCCCUGGCCAUCUGUCUAUCCAUCCAUCUGUACAGUACAGCCACUGCCAAAAGCCCCUCUCAGUCAGCUUAACCUCCCUUCCUCUGAAGAUGCCCCAGGCAGAACUGGCACUUGGUGUGUUCCCUGUUCUCUCCCAGGUGUCCAGGUGUCCUUGGCUGCCCCUCACUCAUUCCUCUCAUACUGGCACAUCUGCUCUCCAUCUGGGGUCCACCCUUCCCUCCCCCAGGAAGCACUGCCUAUGCCAGAGAGCUAGGAGGAGGUCAGAAGGUCACAAACUGUUAGAAUACAUAACUACAGACCAUGCACACAGAGACAUGAACACACAUACACACACACGUACCAAGCAGGCAUCUCAGAUUUGUCCCUCUGUUAAGUGGAAACCCUGGUGGCAUAGUGGUUAAGUGCUACGUCUGCUAACCAAGAGGUCAGCAGUUCAAAUCCGCCAGGUGCUCCUUGGAAACUAUCGGGCAGGUCUACUCUGUCCUAUAGGGUCGCUAUGAGUCGGAAUCGACUCGAGGGCAAUGGGUUUGGUUUUUUGUUUGUAUCAAUUAAGUAGUUGCUGGGAUGCACCCUGAAUUAGAAUGAAAAUGAAGUUUGACCUUCUCUACUUGGCACAACACUUCCUGGGCCUGGCCCCUUCCUCUCUCUGUGUGUUGUCUCUGUGACUAUGUGGUCCCAUUCCAAGGCCACCCUACUCUCUGCCUGCUUGCUGGCGGUUGGGUGGGGAUAGGACUACCACUUUGUGAGUGCAGAUUGCUGUAUAUAUAUAUAUAUAUAUAUCAACUUCUAUUGCAACCCAUGAAUUCAACUUGAACUGUGGGAACGGCCUUGCAGUCAAGGGAGCUGGAGCCAGUGUGGACUUGGAGUCCCCGGAUGUGGACGGUGCUCUUCCUGCCCAGGCUGCUUCCAAGGGGCGCUUGAGAAGGAAGAAGCAGGACUGAACAGAGCCAGGCGCGGGACGUGGGGAAGACAGCACAUGUUGGGGAAGAGUUAGGGGGGCAGAAGGAGAUGCUGUCCAGGCCCAAGCGUCCCAGGCUCCAAGUGUCCAGGAGUCUCAGGAGCAACCUGCGUGAGCUGUUUGGGAAUGGAAGGAGCAGGGCCGGUCUGCUCUCCGAUGUCCUUUGGGCAAUGGCCUUCACACCAUUGUGCAGCUCAUUCUCGUUAAAUCCUGCCAUCAUUGCUGAAUAAAGCUUGUGUGCUCUGAAUAUAGCCAAGCAUCUGGGUGUGGCUGAGUCUCUUUCUCAUGCACAUAUACUUGGGUCUUGCCAGGGGCAAAAGCAGUUCUUGGACACAGAGGGACAGCUGAUCUCUUUCAAAGGUGGAGUGAGCUUGACUCACAGUGACCCUACAGGACAGAGUAGAACUGCCCCAUAGGGUUUCCAAGGAGUGGUUCGUGGAUUCGAACUGCCGACCGUUUGGUUAGCAGCCAUAGCUCUUAACCACUGUGCUACCAGGGCUCCAUUGAUCCCACACAGAUUGUUCUUAAAAGAGCAUAA